AUGGACAACGAUGCUGUGGUGGAACUGGUUGCUGCCACCUCCAACAUCGCAGACACCUCCACAUCUUGCAGCAGCGACAGAGUGACAGUGAUGAACUCUAACACAGCAGAACUGGGGACAUUCUGUGGAACAAACACACCUACAUAUGAGAGUACCGGACCAAACAUGACUGUGAUCUUCACUACUGACGCAACCAACCAAGCAACAGGGUUUCGUCUGAAAUACAAACAGAAACAAGUCACACCUCCACCUUCAUCGUGUGGAGGGACAUUGACAGCUUCUGUUCGCGAACAACUACUUUCUCCAGGUUAUCCAAGAGCAUAUCUGAGAUCCCAAACAUGCACUUGGACAAUUACAGCCCUGAAUGAAAGCCUCGUCAAUCUGUAUGUCGAUGACAUUGAUGUAGAAGCUGGUGAUCAGUGUCUGUUGGAUAGCCUAAAGAUAUACGAUGGGGGUAGUUCAACGAGUCCCCACCUGAAAACUUUGUGUGGACAAGUGAAAGGUUACAGGUUACAAAGUACAGGGAAUGUGAUGACCCUUGUCUUCACCACUGACGACUCCAACAACGGCAGAGGGUUCAACGUCUCUUAUCAACAAACCUCAACUGAAUUAAAGUGCUCCGGAACACUUAAAGCUGCAAACACAUAUUCCUACAUCACCUCACCGCAGUACCCGAACCCCUUCCCAGGUAAUGCAAGCUGUACGUCGUACAAAAUAAUCGGCGAAUAUGGCCUUGACUACAGAAUCAAACUCGAAGUGCUGGAGUCAAAUCUCCCUGAACCAGUAAAUGGCGAGUGUACGAGCGACUACAUAACGGUACAUGAUGGCUGGCAGAGCACUUCGAUACCACUCAAGUCCAUUAAUACCCAGAAGUCCCGCUUCUGUGGUAAGGAGCUGCCGACAUUUGUGAGCCCAGCCUUGUUGUUUUUCCAGUUCCACAGUACACAAGCAACAACAAGCAGCAACUUCCGGAUGAGAUAUCAGCAAGGAAUAUUUGCCGAUGAAUUUGUGUCUCCCUGUGGCGGGACACUGACAGCAACGGAUGAUGUCCAGAACAUAACAUCACCGAAUUAUCCUGGCAAUUAUACAGGGUUCUUAAACUGUACGUGGACCAUUACAUCAGCGGAUAGCACCAAGAUGGUACGGCUAACCUCAAGAAACUUCCAACUGCUUAGGAGGCCAUAUCCUUAUGACUGUGACUCCUAUAUUACUUGGUUGAAGAUAUACGACGGUAACGUCAACAGCACUGACUACGCCUAUGAAUGUAACAACCAGGCUCUAAUGCAGCGUCAGAGCAGUCAAAACAUAAUGGCAGUGGCAUUUCAAACAUAUGGUUUUUCCGGAGCCUUCAAUCUUCAGUACAUUCAAACAGCAGAAAUGGUGCCGUGUGAUUGUGUAAAAGAUAUCGGCAAGUACGGUACGCUAAACCUUCCUGGAAACGUACAAGGUUCAGUGAGACCCCCUCCUAGUUCCCCAGAACAAAAUUGGUGA